CAAUCAUUCAAGUCAACCCCACAUGGGGUAGGUAAGUAACUCAGAGAUUCACGAUGUGUUUUACAUAUUAUUAGUUUGAAUUCGGUAGAAAAUUAAUGAUAUUAAAACAACGGACGAAAAGUAAAGUUCUGCAAUGUCUUCGCUAUUUGAAGUUUUGGUGACUUGUGAUUCGAACAACACAUUGUGGACAUGCUGUGUCUGGGAUCCACAUACCGGUUGCAGUCUGAUGACAUACAAAAGCGGCGGUACAGCUGAAACUAGAACAUUGUCUUUCAUCGGCACCGACUACAUAGCGGCUGUUGAAAAAACUAAACCAGUGCUGCAUAUUUGGCCGCUAAAUUCUCACCAAACUGUUCAAGGAAUGCGCUUCAUCUUGCCAGGCAAGGCGAGCGCUUUGGCAAUCACUCGCGAUGGUUCUUACUUAGCUGCUGGCAUCGAUGAGAAAAUUUAUUUAUGGCAAAUUGCAUCUGGAAACUUGUUGACAAUAAUCAAUCGUCAUUAUCAAAAGGUUGUUGUUUUGAAGUUUACACCUGAUGGAAGAUUCUUCGUGUCGGCGGCUGAAGAUGGAAUGGUGAUGGUGUGGUCUUUAGCUGCUGUAUCUGCUCAUCCUGAAAUUGAACAUGUGUCCCAAGCAAUGGCUGGACAGCAUGACCCUGUUUACAUAUUCUCUGACCAUUCCUUACCAGUAACAGAUUUGUGUAUUAGCAAAACAGGAAUGCAUGGAAGAUUGUGUACUGUAUCUAUUGACAGAACAUGUAAAAUCUAUGACUUGUCAAAUGGUGAAAUAUUACUAAACUUGGUGUUUGAUGUGCCACUAACUUCAGUUGUUUUGGAUGUGUUAGAAUUAAAUAUAUUUGUUGGCACAACUGAAGGCAAAAUACAUCAGUUUAGUUUAACCAAUCCUCCGAGAAGUAGAGACAUUCUUUUGAAUGUUGACAAAGAUUGUCCCACUCUGGCUGGCCAUACAAAAGUAGUUACAUGCUUAUCAGUGUCCUUAGAUGGAGAAACCUUAAUGUCCGGGUCGAAUGAUGAACAAGUUAUCCUGUGGCAUUUAAGGAGUAGACAAAUAAUUAGAACUAUACGUCAUAAAGGACCUAUUACAAAUGCUUUUUUUACUGUUAACUAUCCAGCUAUUCAUAAACAAGAUUUUUCUCCAAGUAUUGUCUUACAUAGUCUUGAAAGAACUUUAGAAAAAGAUUUAGAUGAAGUUUCGGAAAUUGAAGUCAUAUGUAAUAAAAAAAUAUCAUUCUGGCCUGAUAUCCAAGAAGAUGAUUCUAUACAACCAUCUAAAGAAUUAGAGGGUGAAUACAGACAGAAGGCACUGAUAUUGAAAGAGGAAUUGGAUAACCUAAAGAAAAUAAAUGCAAAUUUGUAUGCAUUUUCAAUACAAAGAGCACUGAAUUCUACCCCUAGUAACAAUCAUCAGGUUAUUGAUAGAGGCUCCAGCAAAAAAAAGAAGAAAAAAUAAUUUUAAUAAAAUUGUAUGUAUUGAUUUAAAAGUUCAUUUUUGUUUUUUAUUAAUUCAAUAUUUAAUAAAUGGUCUUUAAAAAUCAAUAAAAUCAA